AUGGUGACACCCACGCUCGAGCAGAACUACCGUACCAUCACUCUUCGCACAAAACUACGGCUCUUGGCCGAGGACGUGGUGUUCCAGAAUCAGAGCAGUGAGUGCCAUUUGUACAGAAAACCCGAAAAUGCGAUUGCAAAAAAACGCAAGCUGGUCAAGAAAAUUGUGAUUGUGGGAAUCCACGGCUUCUUGCCCAUCAAGUUGGUCAAGACGUUAAUUGGCCAGUCCACGGGAAACUCCGUCAAGUUCGUGGCAGAAGCCACUCGUGCCGUGCAGCAGUGGCUUCAACAGAACAACCCAGACUACGACCCCCUGCACUACGACAUCCAAACAAUUGCACUCGAGGGGGAGGGCAAAAUUGGGGAAAGGGCCCAGAAGCUCUACCGAUUAUUGGAGAACUGGAGAGCCAUUUUGGAACAAAGCCACUUCCUUUUUGUGGUGUCGCAUUCUCAGGGUACGCCAGUGGCUAUCCAGUUGCUUGCCAGGCUUGUUGGCGAGAUGGCUCCGGGUGCAAAAGUAGGUUUACUAAGCAUGGCAGGAUUCGGAAUGGGACCCAUUGCUGGGCUUGACUCCAAGCUCGUAAUCCGAGCGUUCACUCCUAUCGAGCGCGAGAUCAUUGGCGAGAUGUUCGAGCUCCAGAAGCCUGGCAGUGAGCUCUCAAUCCAGCUCAACCAAGCCAUGGAAGUGCUCAUCCACCAUAACGUCAAAAUCACGUUUUGUGGGGCCAUCGACGACCAGUUUGUCGCCAUCAGCUCGUCGUUGGCCAACCAGUACCAGCACCCAAACAUCUUCCGCGUGGUGUACGUCGAUAAGGACACCCAGACGCCCGAGUUCGUGGUGAGCUUAGUGAAAACCAUUGCCAUAAUGAAGAAUAUGGGGGGUUUUCGCGACUACGGGGUAUUGCGAGACAUCGGCGAUCGGUUCGUGGGGACAGUGGGUGCGGGAAGCCACUGCAAGGUUGCGCGGGACCCACAGGUGUAUAUGAUGGGUGUUCAACACAGUUUGGAGACCACCAGUGUCACCAGGGCGGUGCGUCAUCCCCUCCGGAUCCAUGCAUCUGGCGGGCCUGUGCUCGUAAAUGAUGCGUUUGCUCACAUGUACAUGAUCCCGUGGAACGUUCGCAGCUUGGUGCAAGAGCUUAUUCAGAUCAACAAUAUUCGCAAUGUGCAGUUGUUGCGGCACAUGGUGCGCCAGUACCGCGGAUGGCAGCCUGUCAACCGGGCAUGGAAGGACGUCAAGUACUGCCUCAGUGCGUUGGAAGAGCUAGAGGUGGACGAGUUGGUUUUAUAG